AUGUCUGCCGACGAAGCUCGCUGGGUCUUCGAGCCAGGCUACGCAAGCGAUAUCUGGGCUCUUGCAUGUUCGCUGGUGGCACUUCGAAUCGGGUGCCCUUUUUUUGGCGACAAGGACCCAAGCUACAUCUGGUCUCUUGAUAUGACCUUGGGUCCUCUGCCCCAUCCCUACAGAGGUGCAUUCCUUGAACAUUUGCGAAAAGCCCGUGAGGAAGAAGGUGAAGAGGUACUGGCAAACUGGGGGGACCACGUGAGAGAUGACGGGACGCUUAUGUAUGUUCGUCCACCAUCAGGUUAUUACCAGGAAUUGAAAUAUGAGAGGUUCUUGGCCGAAAGGACCGAGUUCUCACAGCCCAUACUCGCACGACUUGCGAUGAAACAAGAGUUCCAUCCGUACCCCCACCGGCCUAAUGCCAAACCCGUGACUUUCAACGUGCUAGACGAGGAAGUCAAGCAACUCGGCGAGCUGCUUCAGAGGAUAUUCAAAUACGACUCUAAAGAACGAUUCACCAUCGAUGAUGUGCUGAACCACCAGUGGUUCAAGGAUCUGAGCCUAUCCACUGAAAAGCAAACACCGUCUGUUAUAUAA